AUGCAAGCGAAGAAGAAAGCCAAGGUAGAAGUACCUAAAGAGAUGAUUGGAAUAGACUCUGACGAAGAAGAAGAGUUUGCCGACUUUGACGAAGAUCUUGAUUUUGAUGAUGAAGACCAAACAUUUGAAGCUCUUGACGAGGAGGAAGAAGCGAAUGGGCUUGCUCAUAAAAAGAAGAUGCCAUUGAACAAGGCGCUUUACGAAUCUCGAUACAUGGUGCAUACGCCUUCAGGCAUCAAUAAUAACAUGAUCAAGAAGGAAAUCAAUCAAUUGGUCGAGACUCUAUGCUUGAGUCUAGAUGUUGUCGCUUGCCUCUUUCGAAAUGCUGGAUGGAAGACUGAACGUGUGCUUGAUGCCUACGCUGAUCAAGGCAAAGCUUGGGAUGCACUGCUCAUAAAGUCUGGACUGUCAUCUCUUCCUGAUCUGUCAGUAUCAUCCCUUCAGAUCCAGGAGGGUGAUUGGAGGCGUGGAUUCGUGUGUGGUAUUUGUGGUGACGAUGAGCCUCCAAAACCAAAUGCUCGUGUUUUGUCGCUGGUUGGGUGUGGGCACAAGUUCUGUCAAGAUUGUUACAAAGAAUACGUGACACGAAAAAUCGCCGAUCGAGAACUCCAAUUUGGAUGUCCAGGGUGCAAAGUCGUACUUUGUGACUCUGCCAUUCAACAAAUCGCUCCAGAAUGCCUCGACAAGCUUCAACAAUGGCAAAUACGAAGCUUUGUUGAUUCCAAGAAGAAAUUGAAAUGCUGUCCUGCCCCCGACUGUACAUAUGUCAUUGAAUUCCAGAAUAUGGUUGCUGAGAUUUCCGACCCAGUACUUCAAAUGCCACGCGUGCCGAUUUGCUGCACGCUGUUGGUAAAAUGGAUCAAACGAUGUGCUGAUGAUUCAGAGACUGCGAAGUGGAUUACGGGAAACACCAAGGACUGCUUGAAAUGCCACACCGCUAUUGAAAAGAAUGGUGGUUGUCAUCACAUGUCAUGUUGGAAAUGUGGUUCACACUUUUGUUGGAAUUGUUACAAGGACUGGCAUGGCUAUGACAAGCAAUGUAACAAGUUUGAUAUCGAUCAGCAUAAAGCAGGGCAAGGUGUUGCUGAUGCAUCACGGGCUUCUCUCCAACGCUACCUUCACUACUUUACCCGAUACACCAAUGAUAUUGCUGCCGUGAAUUUGACUGCUCAAGCAUACGAAAAAAUUGAAACCAAAAUGACCCAGCUUCAAAUUGAAACCAGUCUCUCAUACAUCCAAGUCCAAUUCCUCCGUACUGCUGUUGAUCUGCUCUUAAAAUGCCGCCGAACACUCGCUUAUUCAUAUGUGGCUGCCUUCUACAUGAAACGUGAAAAGCCCAUCCAAACAAACCAAGCCCAAUUAUUUGAAGAUCGACAAGCGGAUUUGGCCUCGGCUGUCGACAAGCUCUCAGAAUUGGUUGAAAAUGCCGGUGGUGAAGAAUGGCUUGGUACCAGUCUCGAGAAGAAGAAGAUUGAAGUCUUGGAUUUGACUUCUUAUGUGAAGACUCGGCAAGAAGUCCUCCUGAUUGACUUUAUGGAAGCUUUACUACCUCAAGGUCGAAAAUCGCUUCGAGUUCCACGAGCUCUAAAAGCCCUCCAUAUAAAAACUGCUUUGCCCCUCGCAUCGAGAAGAUUCAAAGCUCUAUCCAGCUCACUCCUCAUCCGCUCAAGAUUCUUGAUUUAUCGGGAUGGCAGAAAUGCGUUGCAAAACUGCUGGACUUUGGGAUUUAUGAAAUCACCUACAUGCAUAUGUCAUCGUACGCAACAAAUUAGCUCUACAGAUAUGGAAUCGCCCGCCGUUAUAAACUGCCCCUUGGAGAAUUAUCAAGUGCAAAUCUGUAAAAUGUUGAUUGAUGCAGGAUGUGAUGUCCAGGCUGGCGGAGGAGCUGCUUUAAGAGCGGCUGUGUCGUUUUCUCAUUUCAAUUUGGCUGAUUUGCUUCUCGAGAAGGGGGCUACUCCAGAUGUCAGAGUAAUGAAGAAUCGCGGACUCCGAGUGUUCCGCAAGCUGAGUCGAGCUCUUCGUGUUGAUUCUGGAGUCUCGUUCCGGUUACCAAAUCUGCCUGGCAACAAUACACCACUCAAUGAUACACCUGCCGCCACUACACCACCACCACAAACGCCAGUCGAAGAGAAUGUUGCUCCUCCAGCUGCUAUUCAAACGCCGCCUCCACAACCCCUUAUCGUCAUCGCACCUCCUAGACCAAGACGGAGAACGUUAGCUGAAUCUGGUCGUGGUACCCUCUUACUCACAGCUGUGAAAUCGAAAAACCUUCGGGUCGCUUCCCUUUUACUGGCUCCACGUCCACUCCCAGUCAUAUCGAUACCAUCACGAACCUCAUCUCUCACCCAGACAUCAAAUUUGAUUUCCCCUCCACCGCCACCAUCAGCCGAGAUUCGUGCUGUGAGACUUCCACUCGCAACCUUACAAAACGCCCUGAAACUCUCAUUAACCAAUAACGACCACGAAAUGGCGGCGCUACUUCUCACGAGUGGUGCACUCCCGACAGCCGGAAUGGUUCACGAACUGCUGGCCCGAGCUCAAACAUGGAGAAUUUCAAUGGGAUAUACAGAACGCUUUACAGAACUCUUGACUCGCCUCAUUCCUGAAAUGCCAGAUCGUGAAUGGCAACGCAUUGAAUUACCUGCCGUCAGAACUGUUUGCGAAAUUGGUAGUGUGCCUGUGAUCAAGACGAUUUUUGAGGAUCGACAUAUUGACGUUGACAUGCACAGUGGGAUAUGCUUGUACGCUAGUGUGUACUCUGGAAACAGUCAAGCAACGGCAUAUCUGGUUCACGAAGCUGGAGCCAACGUGGACUACUUUACUUGGAGCAGAAUCCUGUUUUGUGUUGGUCUUGCAUUCAUUGAGACCCUCGCUAUGGGAAUGUUUGGUAUACUCGCUGGAAUAUGGGCUGCUGGUCUCAUUGCUGGAAUACGAGGCACUGGAAGUAGUCUUUUAGGCUUUGCAGAUGCACCUAGUGCCUCUGAUGGAGCGGCCGACGUAACAACACCCGCAACCAGUAUUGGAACAACCAUCUUGGAGCUGACUGCUAUGACCAUUCCUUCUCUAAUCGCACUUAUUGUGUAA